CGAACUCAAGUUCUAUUAUACACAUUCCUCGUUUUUGAUAUUCCGUCGAAUAUUAUUGGCUAUAUUGAACAUUUAGCUAUGCCAUCAUUAUUUUAUCCAAUUGUUGGAUAAAUUGUUUACUUGACUGGUUUAUUUUAAAUACUUUAAAUAGGUCAAACAAAUUAGUAGCGAUUGACAACGCUUCAGCAACAGCUGAUAGUGUUUUGAUUCGGGAGCUCCGCGGCGCAACAAUAAUAUAAUGGAAAAAGAUAAACCAAAGCCUCAAAUGGAGAAAUCUGUGAAGAAAAGAAAGUCCGCAUUAACUAAUCCCACGAAGCAGCGCGUUCUGAAGUUCUUGGAAAAGAAGGGUUUCUCGCCGGAGAACCUGAAGAUGGCCACCGAAAAUGUGAAAAAUGCCGAGGCCAUAAUUGAGUACAUGGUCAACAGCUGUCAAGAUGCAGAGGCGAAGGUGAAGCACGAAUGCGAGUCGCUCAGUUUCAACAACAUCAACCAGUGGCUGGAGCUGAUGAAGACCACGCAGCUGUCCGGGCGCUGCGAGUACGAAGCAGCCGCCGUUGUCAACUCCAUACUACGCAACGAGCGGCUGCCAUCGGAGGAAGAUAUGAAUGGCAUCGAUUUGACUGCGGCCUAUAAAUUCCUAAGCAAUGCACUGAUGGGAAAGCCACAGGAGAAAAUGAGUGAUACAACCAAAGCAUUCCUGUCCAGAGAAGUUGAGCUGAUAGCCGAGGCCAACACAGAUGAAUCGGACGAGGCGGCCCGAGACAUGGGGCGGCGCUUGCACCACGGCAUAGAGUACGACUAUCAGGCACAGCCCCACAAGUGCAGCCUGGACCCGCUCUUCCAGGACGAAUGACAAACAUGAACGUUGUUGAUUCAUUUCCACACAUUUAUUAAACAUUUAAAUUCAAUUUUUGUUUUAUACACGUACACAUACUCCUUGCACUUUUGUGGCUCCAUUCCAUCAUUAAAUCCAUCUAUCCCACAUGAUUAUACAUAUGUAUUCCUAACCAUUGUACGAGUACGCAUAGAUAUUAGAUAAUUACACCCAUAAUUAAGUACUUUACUAUAAACAGUUGAAGCACA